GUUUAAUUUGUCACUUCUGGUAUUCGUUUCUCCUGUUUUUCUCAGCGAAAAAAAAACUGUUUCCCCUAGGCCUAUAGGAAAAAUCCUCUCGAUUGUUUGUGUACAGUGCUUUCCAGAAACUUCCACCAGCGGACCCGGUAAAACCGAUAGGUAACCCUACGGAGUGACAGAGGCACACCAAACCCGAUAUUCCGAAAGAAUAAUACAAGUAACACUAGUUAAACAGACAACAUGUCUUAUGAAGUAGUUGUUAUAAAAGAAGGCUACAACAAACCCAAAGACGAAGGUCAACAAAGGGCAAGUGCUAUAAGUUUAAUCAAGGGUCCUAAAAAUAUUAUUGUGGACACUGGAAACCCCUGGGAUAAAGACUUCAUUUUGGAUGGUCUUAAGAAGAAUGGACUUUCGCCUGAGAAGAUUGAGUAUUGUGUGUGCACCCAUGGCCAUUCGGACCGCGUUGGGAACCUGAGUAUCUUCUCUAAUGCUGUACACAUCCUAUCUUAUGAUGUGUGUGUUGGAGACCAAUACCAAAUGCAUGAUUUCAAGACGGGAAUUCCUUACGAGAUAGAUGAUGAUGUAGAAGUGAUCCCCACCCCUGGACACACGGGGUCAGAUGUCUCUGUAAUUGUCAGUAACACAGGACUGGGUACCGUGGCAGUGACAGGUAAUUUAUUUGAGUGUUUCGAGGAUUUAGAUGAACCGAGUCUUUGGCAGGAUGUAAGUCAAAACCCAGAACUUCAACAAGAAGGUCGAAUAAAAGUUCUUGAAAAAGCGGACUACAUUGUGCCUGCACACGGAAAAAUGUUCAAAGUCCCAGAUGAGUACAAGAAAUCUAUGAGGGUGGUCAUGUAUGAAGAGGAAAUUGAGCAAUCAGGGGAUAAAACAACAAUCAGUGAAUAUGUGGUGUUAGAAGGCGACGAUGAAUAAUGCAUGCUGGGAGUUCUCUUGUGUGGGAGGAAAUUUCUCGGGGAAAAAAGAAAAAUAGAAAACCUGAAAGAUUUUCAAAACCCUUUCCAAAACCCUUUGUUGUUGGUUAUAAAACCCUAAAUACUAAAGUGCCAUAAAUUGCAUAAUGAUAAUAUAAUUAUACCAAGAUUGAUACCUGUAGUUAUUCCUGUGAUAAGCUUUAACAGAUAUUCAUUAAUUUAUAGAUGUAUUUUAUAAAGUUUUGGUAUGGAGACAUUUGAGAAUUGUUCGUAAAUUUUGGUCCAUUUAAUAUAUGGCAAAAGGUAGAUUAAUAAUGGUUUUGUGUAUUUUUCGAAACUAUUGUUGUCUUGAAAAUUUUACAUUCCUGUAUAAAAUUGUUUCAGGGUUCCUUGUUGAAAAAAAUAUAGGUUUAUUAUUGGACUGUCACUGAAGGACCAGUCUCAUCACAUUGUGAUAUACAUUGUAUUCAUCUUAUCAUGACAGGUGGAAAUGACAUAAAUUGUGCCCUAUUGACCAAGUUUAACUUCCACCAAGUAUCAUUAUAAUAUUCAUAUUUUUAGGUCAC